GUAACAUUGCCUUUCAAAUAAAAUAAAUCUUAUAAAAAUAUAUUAUUCAUGACAAUCACUUUCCUCUCUCAGUUUGGCCAAGAAGGAAGUCUGGUAGUCACUCCGUGAAUCCGUGUUGACGCCAACCGGCAUUCAUGUUUCUAGUUUGGUGCUUAGCUCACUAAACUGGCAUUAGAACUGCCAAAAUAGAAGCUGUCUCAUCUUCCACAAAUAUUCAAGAGUAGCCAGUUCUCCCCAGAUCAAGAUGCACACUCAGACAGCUGUUUUGUUUUGUACAAAGUUGAAAGAGCAGACACGGGUAGAUGCGAGCGAAAAAUGCUCUUUUGGCUGCCAGCCUUUACCAUAAGGACGUGAUGCCAAAGGCAAGGCGUGUCUGUUUAAAAAACCGGAUGUUCUGAUUGGUGAAACACAGGUGAUUUCCUGGUUUGUGCUGCAGGUCCGAAAGGGUGGGUCCUAUCUCCUCUGUGUCCUGCUCCGGAACACUUUACUCCAAGCAAUCCUCAUUCCUUUGGUCGUAUUCUUGACGGAGCUCUUUCAUCAAGGUGAUUUGUGAGCUGUUGUGACUUCUGGUGAAAUAAUGUUCAGCUCUGCCUUCAAAGCUGAUCGCCUUCGGGUUAACUUGCAACUGGUUAUCAAUCGCUUAAAAGUCUUGGAAAAAAAGAAAACCGAGCAGACCCAGAAAGCAAGGAAGGAGAUCGCUGACUACCUGGCUGCUGGGAAGGAUGAGCGAGCCCGGAUCCGCGUGGAGCACGUAAUCCGGGAAGACUACCUGGUGGAGGCCAUGGAGAUCCUGGAGCUGUACUGUGACCUGCUGCUGGCGCGGUUCAGCUUGAUUCACGCCACGAAGCAACUAGAUCCCGGUCUGGCCGAAUCCGUUUCUACACUAAUCUGGGCAGCUCCUCGACUUCAGUCAGAAGUGCCUGAGUUAAAAAUAGUUUCCAAUCAGCUGUGUGCAAAAUACAGCCAACAGUAUGGCCAACUAUGUCAAACCAAUGAGAUCGGAACUGUCAACUCUCAGCUGAUGUAUAAAUUAAAUCUCAGUACUCUACCCCCGACUCUAGUGGAAGAGUACUUGACAGAAAUUGCUAAGAACUACAAUGUGCCCUAUAAACACAAGGCAGCCAUUGUGGCUAAAGCCCCAGCAGACCUGGAUGGAACUGGAUUGACUGAGGAUGUUGAGAAAGAUGCCCUUGGCAAAGAACGUGGGACUGUAGCAGGAACUGGUGAUCCACUUGAGGCGUCAGCAUCUGCACUGGGGCCUUUACCUGGGCCAUCUCCUUGUUUGCCAUCCUUUCCUCCUGAAAGACAGAAUAAUGAAGGUAAGAAGGAUGAUUCCCUCUCUCCACUGCCUCCUUACCCAGGACUCAACCCCCCAACUUCUCAUAAGCCAGAAUCUGGAGCCCAGAUUGGUUUUGAUAAGUUCAUGCUGCCUAAGUUGUCUGGUGUAAAACUUCAAGCAAGCCUAUUCAUUGACCCCUAUGAUUCUGAAGAGGUUGACUUUGAAGAUCUUAACCGAAGACUUGAAAUGCUGAAGAAAACAACAUAAUUCCUGGGAAUCAGGCUCUUGGAUGUGAAUUUUAACAUGGACCCUGUGUGUCGGUCUGAAGUUUUCUCAUUCACAAUUCCUUCCAUUUCUUAAAUUCUAUGGUUCUCUGCCUACUGGAAUAGUAUGUGUGUAUGUAUCUGUACAUACACAUAUAAUUACUCCUGUCCCAAGUUUUCUUUAAUUUUGAGAAGAUUCUUUGAUCCUUCACCCAUAGAGUCUUAUUAAUCGCAGUCAGUGAAUUUUUGUUUUCUCCCAGAUCCUUAUUUCUCUUGUAAUUAUCCUUUUUCCAGGGAGGCAAAAUGGUGUGAACUUAAACCAUACCUUUGUAUUUACCAGCUGUACUUUUGAUAUAUAAUACCUCCUGUCAAAUGUGUAUGGGGGGUGGGUGGCAGCGCUGUGGCGUAGCAGGUGAAGCCAUCACCUGCAGUGCCAGCAUCCCGUGUGGGUGCCAGUUCAAGUACCGGUUUCCCCACUUCUGAUCCAGCUCUCUGCUAUGGCCUGGGAAAGCAGUGGAAGAUGGCUCAAGUGCUGCACUUGUGUGGGAAGACCUGGAGGAAGUUCCUGGCUCCUGGCUUUGGAUUAGCUUCACCCUGGCCGUUGCAGCGAAUUGGGGAGUGAACCAGCAGAUGGAAGACCUCUCUCUCUCUCUCUCUCUCUGCCUCUCCUCUCUCUAACUCUAACUCUCAAAUAAAUAAAGUAUAUCUUUAAAAAAUAAAAAGGAACAGGGUUUAUUUUUUAAAAAUGUGUAUGAGGGACCUAAGAAGCUAAAAGAAUAACUGUCUUGCAAAAAAAAAAAAAAAUUAGUGCUGGGUGGGCAUUGUUGUGCAGUGGGUUGGUUAAGCCAUCACUUGGAAUGCCUCCAUCACAUAUUCAAGUGCCUGGAAUCCAGUCCUUCCUCAGCUUCCAAUUCAGCCCUCUGCUUAUGCACUUGCAAAGCAGUAAAUAAUGACCCAGGUACCUGGGACCCUGCCACUCAUGUGGGAGACCUGUAUGGAGUUCCUGGCUCUUAACUUUGGCCGGGUAUAGCCCUGCCUAUUAUAAGCCAUUUGGGGAAUGAACCAGCAGAUGGAAGAUACCUCUUUCGGUCUCUCUCUCUUUCUCUUACUCUGGCUUUUAAGUAAAUAAAUAAAUUUUUAAAAAAUCAGUAUCUUAAAUACUGGAUGCACAUAGAGUGAGUGAAAGAAGAGAUUUCAGAAAAUCAGUGGACUCUUAUGUGCCACUUAUUAGUUGUGCACUUCCUUUUUCUCAACUGAAAAAUAGAGACAGUAGUAAGGAGGAAAAGAAAUGAUUUAGGUAAAAGUCUCUAGCAUUCAUUAGAUACUAAAUAAAUAUUAGUUUCCUUUUCAGUUUUUGUUAUUUGCUGUGUUCACUGAACUAAAUAAUGAUUCCAUGAGACUGUAUAAAGUAAAGGCUAAGAGAACAAGAUGUCCAAAUAAAUCUCUUUUUUUGGUUUCUUGUGUAACUAGUUUUUGUCUGUUUUUAUUUUUUAACAGUUUUUUUUUUUUAAUUUAUGUAUUCGAAAGGUUAGAGAAAGAGAUCAGUCUUCCAUCAGCUAGUUCACCCCCUAGAUGUUUGCAACAGCUGGGGAAUAAACUUUAUUUUUAGGAGCAAUUUUAGAAUCACAGAAAAAUUCCAGAGUAUUCUUUAAAUAUAAUUGUUCUUUAUGCAAAAAUCUUUAUUUUGCGGCCUGUGUUGUGGUAUAAUGAGUUAAACCUCUUCCUGCAACACUAGUGUCCCAUAUGGGUGCAGGUUUGUGUCCUGGCUGUUCUACUUCUGAUCCAGCUCCCUGCUAACGCACCUGGGAAAUCUGCAAAAGAUGGCCCAAGUGCUUGGGCCCCUGCCACCCAUGUGGGAGACCUGAAAGAAGCUCCUGCCUCCUGGCUUCAGCCUGGUCCAUCCUUGGCCCUCGCAGCCAUUUGGAGAGUGAACCAGUGUAUGGAAAACCCCUCUCUCUGUCUCUCUGUAACUCUGCUUUCAAAUACAUAAAUCUUUAAAAUAAUCUUUAUUUCACAAUUCUAUUUUAUGUGUCCAGGAGAGUUUACAUUGCCCUUUCUGCAUAUGAGAA